AUGCGCGGAUUGGUGGACCUCAACGCAAUUCUUGACAACUCCGUCUCGUCGUGGUCGCUGGAGGGGCCGCCUGGGUUGAGGAAGGCGAGCAGUCCGGGGCAGUUCAAGCUGGUGGGGCCGGUUGUUAUCAACGUGUUGAGGGUCAUCCGGCUGCAGUUCACACCCAUCUUUGCUGAGUGGAUCUCGUCCAACUUCUCAUCAGACCCUGCCACGUGGACAGCCUUUAUCGCCCCACCCGCAGGCCCAAACGAGUUCGCAAAUCUGACCUUCAAGAAUCCCCAGGUGCAGAUCUGGGGCGGGCGCUUCCCCAUCGAUAACACUACGAGCGACUACUCCUUCCAGCCCAAAAACACCAAGCUGCUCUUCUCCCGCGUCUCUGGCUCCGUCUUUCGCUCCAACGUGGACCAGCAGAACGUCGAAGUCACCAUUCCCAAGGCCGACGCGCCCACUCUCGCUAGAAAAUUCAUUCGCCGCGGGAAGAUAUUCGAGCUACUCUCAAGAGGAUCCUUUGACGUGCCGCUCCGUGCGGUGAUAGAAGCUCUUGGGGCCACCACACCCCCUGGCCCCACCCCUCCCGGAGCACCAGCAGUAAUGCGGGUGAAUCUGAACCUGCUGGGGAUUGGCCAGCAGCCGCCUAGCGCCCUGCGCCCCUACCCUGCCCCAUCUGCUCCUAGCAUGGAACCUCCUCCUCUGGCUGGUGUGCCCUCUGGUGCUCCCGCCCCUCCUCGCUGCGCACCUGUGCCUGCUGCUGCGCCUACCCCUGCACCUGCUCCCACUCCUACUCCCACCCCUGCUCCCACCCCUGCUCCCACUCCUGCUCCCACCCCUUCUCCUACCCCUUCUCCUACUCCUGCCCCCACUCCUGCUCCUACUCCUGCCCCCACUCCUGCUCCUACCCCUGCCCCUGCCCCUACGCCUACACGAGGGGCUGCUGCUGGUGCAGGUACCGGCGGUGCUCCUGGCCAAGCUCCUGGUGCUGCUCCUGGUGGGGCUCCAGGUGCUGCUCCCGGCCAAGCUCCCGGGGCUGCUCCCGGUGCUGCUCCCGAGGCUGCUCCCGGUGCUGCUCCCGGGGCUGCUCCCGGUGCUGCUCCCGGAGCUUAUCCUGGUGGGGCUCCAGGGCUGCUCCCGGUGCUGCUCCCAGUGCUGCUCCCGGCCAAGCUCCCGGCCAAGCUCCCGGUGCUGCUCCCGGUGCUGCCCCUGGUGCUGCUCCCGGCGCUGCUCCCGGCGCUGCUCCUGGUGCUGCUCCUGGGGCUUCUCCCAGUACUGCUCCAGGCCGUGCUCCCGGUGCUGCUCCCGGGGCUGCACCUGGCCGAGCCCCCGGUGCUGCCCCCGGUGCUGCUCUUGGUCAUGCUCCCGAAGAUUCUCCCCAAGCCUAAACACAGCCGAUAG